UCCGACCUGUCGGCUUUUGAAUGGAGUAAACCCGGUUUAUUCGAGAUAAACCGUGAGAGAGGUGAAUUGGUGGUGGUGGAGGAGUCGACUUCGAUCGGUUCGGCCAUCGAUUUCAAUUGUGUGCGUGCUUCAAAUCAUAGCGCUCGUCGCGGAAAUCGCGAAGUGACGACUGGCUCGAUCUCCGGAGGUCGAUCAUGGAGGCGUCCUCGUGGGACGCCCUUCGGAAACAGGCAAGGAAGCUUGAAGCUCAAUUGGAUGAGCAGAUGACUUCAUAUCGUAGGCUCGUUUCGUUAAAAUCCAAUGGUUCAGAGACAGAUCUCGAAUCUGGAAUUGAACAUUCACUAAAGCAACUCCAACAAGUCAAUUUGCAGAUGCAAAUCUGGGUAUCUUCUGGAGGCUCACAGAUUAUUUCUCACACACUGACACGGCAUAAAGAAAUUCUACAAGAUCUCACUCAGGAGUUCUACAGGCUUCAGUCUAGCCGCAGAGCAAAACAAGAGCGUUCUUCGCUUCUUCUAGACUUUAGAGACUUCGAUAGAGCAAAGGCAGACAUGGAAGAUGGUGCCAAUACUGAACAACAUGCCCUACUUAAAGAACAAGCAGCUAUAGGUAGAAGUUCAGGGCAGAUGGACAAUGUAAUCUCGCAAGCACAAGCCACUCUGGGAACACUAGCUCUUCAGCGUUCCACGUUUGGUGGCAUCACUACCAAGAUCGGUAAUGUCAGCAGCAGACUUCCUACGGUAAAUCAUAUUCUUUCAUCAAUUAAAAGGAAAAAAUCGAUGGACACCAUAAUCCUGUCCCUCGUCGCGUCAAUUUGUACAUUUCUCAUGUUGAUUUACUGGUUGUCAAAGUAAUUACUGUCUUAGUUAAUUACAUAUAAUGGCGAGGUGAAGCCAUCUUUUGUAACUUAUAAAGAUUUAGUUAAUUUCCCGUAUGCAUUAGUUCUCAAGGGAGCAACACAAUGUUUGACUUUGAGUUUAGUAAUCCAGGUCAAUAUUCAAAAUAUUCUUCUCA